AAUAUAUAUAUAUUCCGUGUCUGGUUGUAUUUUUCCAAAGCAAAACUCAGGAGAAUAAUCAGGACACUAACAUGAUUUCUUCAGACAUCCUCAUCGUUGGUUCCGGACCAACAGGUCUUUGGUUAGCCCUCGAACUCCGUCGUGCGAAUAUCGACGUGCUGGUCAUAGACUCGAUCAGCUCGCGAGAUGCAAGACCAACCUACUCCAAGGCGUUAUCCAUGUCCGCCGGUUCUCUGGCAACGUUCGAAUCCAGAGGAGUUGCACAAGACUUCCUCGAUGCCGGACUUGCUCUGCACAAGGCACACUUCGGUGCUUUGGAAACCCUUCUCGACUUAAACUAUGACGUCCUAGGGAUGCGCCACAGUCACAACCUGGCUAUCCCACAAGCUCAAACAGAGGCCUUGCUGCUGAACCGAUGCGAGGAGGCUGGAGUGAGAUUCCUCUGGGGACUCAGAUUUGAGAGCCUGUGCCAGGACCGAGAGAAAGUCCUUGUAUGUGCUGAACAACUUACCGUCGGUGGUGAACUCACGCUCGAGGCUAAAUUGCUCAUCGGUUGUGACGGUACACACAGCGCUGUACGCCGCGCGGCUGAGAUCCCGUUCGAAGGCAGUCGAAGCUCCAUAGCUGGAAUGCUAGCUGACAUUCAGCUGAGCGAGCAAGUGGGAACAAUAACAACCUCGAGAGGUUCAAAGGGAGGAUGUAUGAUUGUUCCUCUCGGAGAUGGUGUGCACUAUCGAUUCGUUGGACUAUUCAAAGACUCCAUGCUGAAGCCGCUAUACGACGAGCCGACAAUAGACGAAGUCAGAGAAUGUAUGCGAGAUGGAUUUGGCUCUGACCUUGGAGCGCACUCACCACUGUGGUUGUCACGAUUUGGGAACUCUUGUCGCCUUGCGACGUCCUUUCGCGCCGGAAGGGUCUUUCUUGCUGGAGACUCCGCUCACCAGUUCUUCCCAGCUGGCGGCCAAGGCAUGAAUCUGGGAAUUCAAGACGCGACCAAUCUCGCCUGGAAGCUAGCACUGGUGCUGAGCUCCAAGCAAGAUGACGACUUAGUAGAGCGCAUACUAGACAGUUAUACCGCUGAACGUCAUGCAGCAGCCGAGGCAGUGAUUUCCAAUGUCCAAGCGCAGACGGCAGUACUCGUGGCCGACAAACCGCAGGAUGUUGCCCUUCGAGAGGUUCUAUGUGAAGCUCUAAAGAACCCGGAUCUGAACGCGCUCUGGGCUCGACGAGUGACUGGUUUUGGCGAGCCUACAUCCCCGUAUCGUCUCCAUGCAGACUCUGGCAAUGGAGAGCAAUACGAUCCGCUGGUAGGGGCUAGAGUGACUCAUCUGGGGUUCGAGACAGAAAACGAAUUAUUCCAGGCGACAAAGAUUGACCGCUUUGUCCUUCUGCUGCGCAAUAGCAGCCAAUGUGACAAGGCAGCUGAGAUCGCGGAACUGCACGCCGUAUGUCAGCAUUGGAAUGAUAAGAUAACCAGGUUGUCAUCCUCUACGUUCAGCACUACUCAUCAAUGGAAAGAUGUCGUGGCUGUGUUGAUCCGGCCCGAUAUGCGCAUAGCUUGGGUUUUCAGGCGCUAUACACCCAUUGCAGAAGGUAAAGCAACCAUCGAAGCUGUUCUCAAGUGCUGGUUUGGCGAUAGGAAAGAUUUGGCUUGAUUCAAUGACGGGAUUAUAACCCCCUUAACCACUUUGCGAGAGUAAUCUAGUUGGCAAGGACUUGUGUAUAACUACUUAUAGAGUGCUACAAUUAUGAAGUAAGAGGUUAACAUCACUAUAUAAUAUGUAGCUUUCCGGCCGCAAAUAUAAAUAGAAUACCUCUCUAAUACAUGCA